GCCAUGCGUCGCCGGGUUCUCCUCUUCAUCGUGCCCGCGCUGUCGUUCGUCUUGAUAGCCACAAGCCUGUACCUCGGCCGCGGCCACCUCACCCGUAUUGCCUGGCCGACAUUUGCCACCGAGGCUUCUGAUUCUUCUCCCGAUUCGGCCAAUGUCCCUCCCGGCGUGUCGUCCGGCGCUUCCUCCGCCGCAUCCGCUCCCAUCACUGUUCUGGACGGGACUAUACUCUCCGCCGAUCGCAUCACUCCAUACAUCAAAGCCAUUUUCGACCCGGAGGCGACGGACCUCCCCCGCCUCGAAUGUCCCCCCCUAAACACGUCGCGCUACGAACCUCUCCGGUCCAGCGGAUCCGCAACCCCGCAGAUCGAGUACUUCUUCGCCCUGGACCUGCGGCAAUGCCUCCCCCUCCUCCCGCGCCUGCUCUGGAGCAUCGUCGAGGCGAUCCGCUUCCUGGGCCCGCACCGAUGCGUGCUCUCCAUCGUCGAGGGCAACUCCCCCGACGGGACCGGCGACGUCCUCUCCGCGCUGGGGCCCUUCCUCGAGGACGACCUCGGCCUCGCCUACUUCUACACCCCAUCCGUCAUCGACCCCUCCUCGGCUGCGGGAGGUUCCCGCAUCGACUCGCUCGCCCAGCUCCGCAACCUCGCGUUGCAGCCCCUCGUCGACCGGCUUGCCCAUGCCUCCGCCUCCACGACGACCAUCCUCUUCAUCAACGACGUCGCCGCCUGCGCCGAGGACCUCCUCGAGCUGGCGCUGCAGCGGCGCGCCCUCGGCGCCGACAUGGCGUGCGGCAUGGACUGGACGUACGCGGGGCGCGACCCGACCUUCUACGACGUGUGGGUGGCGCGUCGGCUGGACGGCGACUCGUUCUUCGAGAUCCCCGCCGACGGGAGCUGGGACUCGGCGUGGGACCUCUUCCGGGGGGAUGGGGGGGCGACCAGGGCCCGGUUCGACGCCCAUUUGCCGUUCCAGGUGUUCGCGUGCUGGAAUGGCGCCGCUGCCAUUGGGGCGGGGCCGGUGCUGGGUGUGGACGGUGGCGGCGGGGGAGGCGGGCUGAGGUUCCGGGCCCCCCGCGCCGGAGAGUGCGCGCAGGGCGAGCCGCAGCUGUUCUGUAAGGAUCUGUGGUUCCGCGGUUUUGGGAAGAUCGCCGUGGUGCCGAGUGUGAAUCUCGAGCACUCGGAUGACAGGGCCAGGGAUAUCAAGCACCUGAAGGGGUAUACGUCGGACUGGGCGAGGGGUCAGACCGAAGAGGGGAAUAGGAUCGACUGGGUGCUGGAGCCGCCGGAGAAGGUCAGGUGUAUGCCAAGCUGGGAUAACCAGUUUUGGCGGCCGUGGAACGAGACAUUA